UCAAAAUUUGUCUCAGACAACCAAAUCGUGGACAAAAUCGCACAGUGUGUACCCGCCUUAAGUCAGGUUUUGAGAUUUCCCCUCAGGGUGAACAUUCUUAUUUGUAUUCUACAAGAUUAUUUGAUUGGACAAGAACAGCCUUUGACAAGCACACAACUUGUUUUACAGUUGCAAUUGCAUAGACACUAAAAUCCAUUAAAUUGGCCUUAUAUCAUAAACAAUACUAAAACUAUAUAAUCAGGAAUUCUUUUUUCACAGUACCUUUUUAAACCUGUAGACUUAAAACUUCAAAAUGUUACUCUGAAAACCCUCAUUGUGAUAAGAAAUUAUGGUAAAAUCAGUCUCAUAGUGUAAUGAGUGCUUAUUGUUAACAAAAGCCAUGCUAACCCUGGGACAGGGCUUCAUAACCCAGGGCUAAAAGCUGCACUAAACUUUUUUAAAAUUAUGAGUGUGACAUUAUGCUUAACAAUUAAAAAAGGGACCUUGAACAGAGAGUAAAAAACAUUAAACAAGCUAAUUUUUAUGUUUUUAUUUUUUUACAUGCCCUCAGAGAACAGUAUACACCAGUUCCAUCAAUGAACUUUGUACUUUGGUGUCAAGAGACAUAGGGUUAAAGCAGUUAUAUAAACACCUCAAACUGUUUAAUUUUUUUUUAAAGUUUAACUUUGUGCCCAAAGGUAUAUGUGUGUGCAGUUUUGUGUUGAAAGGAAAGUGAGUGAGGUACCAUACAUAUCUUUAGUCAUAUCUCUAAAGGGUCCUUUAAAAAUAAUAAUACAGCUUAUACAGGCAUUAUUUCAUCUGUAUUCUUUGACGCAACAUUGGUUCAGGUAGGCAACAUCUCUACUCAGCAACAGUAGGGGUGGUGAUGGUACAGGGCAGUACCUGGAGAAAAACAAUAAAAUUUAAGUGCCACAAUGUUAUAAAAUGGCAAGAGGGUGCAAUUGCAUUUAUUGUGCCUAAACUUAACCUCGACAAUGACAUUCUUUUUUCUUUUUUUUCUCACCCACUCUCUUUCUUUUAUGUGUUAGCAUUUGGACACUGACCCCAUAAAACAUUUGCAGCAAGUUAAUUAUUUUUCAACAUUUUUUCCUCGGAAUUUUAUAGACCCUAUGCAUAUAUUAAAGCUCUUAGGGACAGGUAAAAGUUAGCUCUUUGUCACCCGGGAUGCAAGAAAGAGGGAACUAAGGGGGAAAGAAGGUGUAUAAGAUAAUGUUUAGAAACACUCCGGAAUCUUAGCUCACUUUCUCCAAGAAGCUUCAUUCCCGCAACUUCUCUAUUGGAAUCUACGCCAUUGACCCUAUAGGAUCCUACUUUUAAUUCUUCAUCACUUCAUUCGAACUCAUUUUUGUCACCAUGUGCACAGAAGAGCCCACCUGCCCUGAAAAUGCCACCAUCUGCUCGGGCACAUCUUGCCUGGUUCCCCGUGAUCCGUUCAAUGACAUCCUCAACACGGUGAUGAGCACCACGCUUACCGUCAUGCUGGCCUUGGUCAUGUUUUCAAUGGGCUGCACCGUCGAGGCAAGACAGCUCUGGGUACACAUCCGCAGGCCCUGGGGCAUUUUUAUCGGUUUCCUGUGCCAGUUUGGCAUCAUGCCUUUCACUGCCUUUGCACUUUCACUGAUUUUCAACGUGCUUCCAGUCCAGGCUGUAGUUAUCAUUGUUAUGGGCUGUUGUCCUGGAGGUUCCAGCUCCAAUGUUUUCUGCUACUGGCUUGAUGGAGACAUGGACCUAAGCAUCAGCAUGACGGCAUGUUCUUCAGUCUUGGCUCUGGGAAUGAUGCCUCUUUGUCUGCUCAUCUACACCACAGUCUGGACUACAGGCGAUGCCAUCCAGAUCCCUUACAACAGCAUCGGGAUCACGUUAGUCAGUUUACUUGUGCCUGUCGCUCUUGGGAUUUACGUGAAACACAGAUGGCCCAAAGCAGCCAAAAAGAUCCUCAAGGUGGGAUCCGUGGUGGGAAUCUUCCUCAUCAUCAUCAUUGCAGUUAUCGGUGGUGUGCUAUAUCAGUCCUCAUGGACCAUUUCUCCUUCGCUUUGGAUCAUCGGUACCAUUUAUCCAUUUAUCGGCUUUGGGCUCGGCUUUCUCUUGGCACGCUUUGUGGGACAACCUUGGUACAGGUGCCGCACCAUCGCGCUAGAGACGGGCAUGCAGAAUGCCCAGCUGGCAAGUACUAUUACCCAGCUGUCCUUCACCCCUGCGGAGCUUGAGGUCAUGUUUGCUUUCCCCUUAAUCUACAGUAUCUUCCAACUGGUUGUGGCUGGGGUUGCAGUGGGAAUCCAUUACUCAUUCAAGCGCUGUAGGCGGAAUACAUCAGCGGAUGAGGAUGGAGAAGGCACACAUAGCACCGUUGAGGAUCAGAGUAAGCAGAAUUAUGCCUUGGAGAACGGUGGCUUUCACUGUGAUGAGAAUGGCAACACUGAGGAUAAGGACAAAGGUACAAAGAUGUGAGCUAAACAUCCUUCUGCUAGCCUGACCACUCAAUGUUGAUCUUCUGGAGGCAUGAAAUGUGAACAAGCUAUUCGAGCUCAAUGAGAGAGUGUGGAGUUAAAAUCCACCCCAGUCAAGACAGCUGGAUCCACUUUCCUAGGCAAAAAAAAGAACCUUCAAAGUUUUUAUGAUGAGUAUGUCCACAGGGUUGUCUUUUGUCUGUGUAUUGCAUAUUAGGGUUUGUCUUUGUCUGCAACAUUCAAUUAAUGCAUUGUAGAUUCAGUGUUUAAGAUUACUGACAUUCACUGACUUGUCUCAAAUGCCCUGAAAAAUGCAAGUUACUCCACCAUUGAGAAAAAGAAGAGAAAUGUUUAAUAAUUUAAAAUAACAUAUAGUAGGUUAAAUGUAAGCUAAUUUUUUAAGAAUGUUACUUUGUAGACACAUAAUUGUAAUGGACCUUUAAUAAAUGUUUUGCUUUUUAAAUUAUUUAUGUAUGAUACAGAAAAAUUGUUAUAUAUUGGAAGCUCUUUUUUUUUUUUUACCAUGUUUGAGCAAUGGGUCUCUUCCCCUUUUAUGGGAAUCGAAGCAAUGGACCUUUUUUUUCUGAAGUAUUUCAUUGCUUUAAAUGACUUUUAACAUUUAAACAUUAAGUAUUAAAUGUUUUAGGUUGUCAUUUCAACAAUUUGUUUUACUUUUUAAUAUGUUGGUGAUAUUUAUAUGCAGAAGAAUACUCCAUUAAUAAA